GGUCCCCGCCAGUUGGAGAGCUAGUGAAAUAUACGCGGCUUUAUUCUGUUUGGCAACUGCUGUAUUUAACUAUUUAUACAUAUAUAUUAUAAACAUGGUGCUACCGCUUUUGCAGCGCUCUACGCUUCGUGGCGUUCAACAGCUAACCAAGCCAUGGGCAAGCGCAGCGUGCAGUCUUCGCAUGGCCUCGCAGGAUUUUCGCGUGGAGAGCGAUACCUUUGGCGAGCUGAAGGUGCCCGCUGAUAAAUACUAUGGCGCACAGACAAUGCGCUCCCAGAUCAACUUUCCCAUUGGCGGACCCACCGAACGCAUGCCGAAACCCGUCGUCCAGGCCAUGGGCAUCUUGAAGAAGGCCGCUGCAGAGGUCAACAAAGAGUUCGGCCUCGAUCAGAAGGUCAGCGAGGCCAUCUCGAAGGCCGCCGACGAUGUUAUCUCUGGCAAGCUGUACGACGAUCACUUCCCCCUAGUCAUCUGGCAGACUGGCUCAGGCACCCAGAGCAACAUGAAUGUCAACGAGGUCAUCAGCAAUCGGGCCAUUGAGCUGAUGGGCGGCAAGCUGGGCUCCAAGACGCCCGUGCAUCCGAACGAUCAUGUCAAUAAGUCGCAGAGCUCCAAUGACACCUUCCCCACGGCCAUUCACAUCUCGGUCGCUCUGGAGCUGAACAACAAUCUGAAGCCGGCGAUUAAAACGCUGCACGAUGCGCUGGCCGCCAAGUCGAAUGAGUUCAAGGAUAUCAUUAAGAUCGGCCGCACCCAUACCAUGGACGCUGUUCCCCUGACCCUGGGCCAAGAAUUCGGCGGCUAUGCCCAACAGCUGGCCUAUGCUCUAGAACGCAUCGAUGCCUGCCUGCCCCGUGUCUACGAGCUGGCUCUAGGCGGUACUGCUGUCGGCACAGGCCUGAAUACUCGCAAAGGCUUCGCCGAGAAGUGCGCUGCCAAAAUAGCCCAACUAACCGGCCUGCCCUUUGUAACUGCCCCCAACAAGUUCGAAGCUCUAGCUGCACGCGAUGCCAUGGUCGAAGUGCAUGGCGUACUGAACACCAUUGCCGUCAGCCUCAUGAAGAUUGCCAACGACAUUCGGUUUUUAGGUUCGGGACCGCGGUGCGGCUUGGGUGAGCUCUCACUGCCAGAGAACGAGCCGGGCAGCUCCAUAAUGCCGGGCAAGGUGAAUCCCACUCAAUGCGAAUCACUCACCAUGCUCUCCGCUCAGGUGAUGGGCAAUCAGGUGGCUGUCACUGUCGGCGGCGCCAAUGGACAUUUCGAGCUGAACGUCUUCAAGCCACUGAUUGUAUCCAAUGUCCUGCGCUCCAUUCGCCUGCUCUCCGAUGGUAGUCGAACCUUUACGGCCAACUGCGUGAAUGGCAUACAGGCGAACAAGGACCGCAUUGCCAAGAUCAUGAACGAGUCGCUGAUGCUGGUGACAGCGCUUAAUCCGCACAUUGGCUACGACAAGGCGGCCAAGAUUGCAAAGACAGCGCAUAAGAAUGGAACCACACUGAAGGAGGAGGCCAUCAAUCUGGGCUAUUUGACAGAGCAACAGUUCAACGAAUGGGUGCGACCCGAACAAAUGCUGGGACCCAAAUAGACAUCAUUAUUGUCCAUCCCAAUUAUGCACCAAGUGUAAAGUCGACCUUGCUUUUGCUGUCAAGAUAUAUUUGAAAGCUGGACGACAUGUGUACGUCCGAGCAGCUCAGUAUCAGUCCGAAAAUCCAAUAAAAAGCAUCUAUUAUUUCUUCUUGAACAUAAACUCUAUGAAA